UUCCAUGGCGACACGCCGGCUCAGCCAAUAGGGAGCGGCGUUCUACGGGCGGGGCCGCUCGGCGGGCCAAUGGGGAGCGGCGUUGCUGCGGGGCGCGCUGGCAGCGUGCUCGCCGAGUCUCCUUGGGGCCGUCCGUGUGUCCGCGGGCCGGGAUGGGCGGCGGCGGCAGCACCCGGCGCGUCACCUUCGAGGCGGACGAGAAUGAGAAUAUCACCGUGGUCAAGGGCGUGCGGUUGUCCGACAGCGUCAUCGAUCGGAUGAAGGAGCCUUCCUCACCCUCCGGGAGACAGCACCGAGGAGCAGGUGCAGUUAAUGAUGAAGAGCUGAAGAAAAGAAUAGCUGAGGAACUGGCGCUGGAACGAGCCAGGAGAGACUCUGAAGCUCAGAAGAGAAGGUUGAAACAAGAACAAAUGUACGUUCGGGAUGAGUUUGGCAAGCUCCUGGAACGGGAGAGGAUCUCCUCAAACGAGCACCUGACUCGAGCCAUCCUUCGCGAGCGAGCGGCCACGGAGGAGGAGCGGCAGAAGGCUCAGCGCUUUGACAUAGAAACAAAGGCCAGGCAGCUGGAAGAGAAGGACAGGGAGCUGAAGAAACAUGAUGCCUACUACAAAGAGCAGCUGGCUCGGCUGGAAGAGAGGAGUGCCCAGUUCUACAAAGUCACCACUGAGCAAUACCAAAAAGCUGCUGAUGAAGUCUCAGCUCGCUUCAAGAGAUACGAGUCCCACCCCAUCUGUGGGGAGCUGCAGGAUAAAAUCCUCCAGUGCUACCGGGAACAUGCCCAGGAGACCCUGAGCUGCUCUGCCCUGGCCAGCCAGUACCUGCACUGUGUCAAUCAUGCCAAACAGCAGAGAAUGCUUGGGAGAGGAGGAUAAAGGCAUUGUCCGAAUCAAGCACAAGACCAUCAACUAAUUUCAGCAGAAGAGCUUUUUUUUUUUCUCCCCAAGAAAGACCCAGCGGCCCAUUUGCAGCCCAGUAAAGAGAAGAAGUGGAAGAGCCAUUUGAAGGGCAGCAUCCUCAGGGCUCAAUCAGCAGGAGCGCUCAGGAAGCCAGGCCUGGAUCUUGUUCCAUCAGGGCUCGCCCGUCCGAGGCCGCUGCUCCGCCGCAUCAAAGCCCACUUACUGGUGAUUGAAGGAAGGGAAAGAAAAGAGCCUUUCUCUGACCUCAGAGAGGGGAAAUAUCCUUCAAAUGCUGCUAUUUCACUGUCGGAUCUCCUCAGAAACGUCUCUGUCAGAGGCAGGGGUGUAACCCUUGCGGCACCGGGACGCGGCCGUUCCUCGGAGCAGCCCCCGCUCCCGGUGCCAGAGUUCUCCUCACUUGUAGAAUUGUAAAUUGUGCUUUAACUUAUUUCCCAAAUGGCCUGGCUUGGUGAAGUCUCUCUCUGCAGGCCUUCUGCUGGAAUGAUGUUUGUGUCCCAAAGCUUUGGGUGCUCCAUGGCCUUUAUUCCCAUGGGAUGGUUCUGUUGUGCUCCUCGCUCGUAUCAAGUCCUGACGAAAAUGCCUCGCACUGUACCAACAAUAAAUCUAUUUUAUGCACAAGA